AUGGAUGUGCUCGAUCAACAGUGCCAGAUGAUAAUGAGCUUCAAAGGGCUGGAUGAUCGCUUUCGGCCGUUUUCAAGAGACAUCCUUUUCCAGGAGGAGCCUGCUGACACCGUUGUGGAGGAAUCGCUGACGAAUGGAAAAAGCAUGCAAGUCAGUGCAAAUGCUAGGUUCCCUGAAAACAGCGACCUACUCAAGAUGGCUUUGCGCUGUGUCGAAAAGACUAGAAAGCUUCCCAAGAGACUCCGAUGGGUCGUAUCCGACCGUGCUAAGAUGGAGAAUCUUCUCGCGCGUCUCGCGGCAAUGAAUGAUUUUCUUCGAGACAUGCUCGACAGCUACCGAGGAGAAAUGUUGCGAGCCCAGCAAAUCCGGACUAAUUACGACAUCAUCCAAUUGAACUCCAAGAUGGACCAGCUGAUCGACAUCAUAAGAGCGGGCUCGAAAUCUCUUCCAUAUGCGCUCAGCGGAGGUUGCUCGAUGGAGUUUGAAGCUUCGCUAGACGGCACCGAAGCCGACAACGUCGAGCCAAGUCAAGAUAGCGGUCCCCUGCAUCAUCUUGUAAAGCUGGCUCAGUUCAGAGCAGUAGCGUGCGCGCUUCAGGGCCACAACUUGGACAUGUCUGUGAGAACCCAGAUUGGACUCCCAACCUUGCCUUUUGCUACUGGUUCCCAGAACAGAAUUAUGGUUGAGCCCAGCGCGUUGGACCUUGAUGUGCCAGAGACGGUGCUAUUAGACCAGGAUAAAGUUGCCAGACGAGUGACCGGAUGGUACAAACCAAUGCUCUCUAAAGAAACACAACAGCGAAUCUGGGUCGAGUGGAAAGUCACGCCGCGGAAUCCUUGGAGCUCAACUGGCGGACCGGAGUCAGAUGUCCUUAGGCGCUUCGAAGCACUCGUCUCACUUCUGCGCGAAAAAGAGGUUACAGCUCAGUUCCGAGCUCCCAAAUGUUUAGGCUACUACUCCCAACACGCCACAGUAUCAGAGAUACGUUACGGCCUAGUCUUCGAGAUUCCUCCCAGCGUGCACGCUGACUCCAGUCCACUGUCCCUCCGUGACCUCAUCACUGAUAAAGACCGUCCUACGCCCAGCUUGUCAUCACGUGUACGGCUGAUGCGAAUCCUGGUGGAGUCCAUCGAGAAGCUUCACGCCGUCGACUGGUUACACAAAGGACUACGAAGCGAUAACAUCAUCUUCUUUCAUGACGAAUUGGGAAAGAAGGAUAAUAAUAGCGUGGACCUCAGCAAGCCUUAUCUCACCGGUUUUGACUACUCAAGGCCAGUGACAUCUGUUUCCAUGUCCGAGGGACCCGCCGUGUCUUUUGCUGACGAUCUGUACCGUCAUCCCAAUGUCCAAGGCUUCAGUGCGGACGGCGCUGCUGGCCGUGGAUUCCGCAAGCGCCACGAUAUUUAUAGUCUGGGUCUCAUAAUUACCGAGAUAGCUUACUGGAAGCCCUUGGAAUCAAUCAUUGGUGUCAGUGAUCUGAAGAACCUGAAGGCGAAGGACGUUCUGCGGGCCUGA